AUGCAUCUUCUAAAGACCUUCGUCUUAUCGUCUGUCUUUUUGCUCAAUAUAUCUCCGUGCGUUCUUGGAUCAGCCCUUGAAGUUGGACCGAACUAUCGGCGACAAGCCCGUGAAACUUCAGACCCGGAGCCAGCCUCAUCAGCAUCUAUUCCCGAGCGAACAUCAUCUCCAGCAAGGACAACUGGUUCUGACACGCCCGCGAGUCGAAGUACCGGGAGGAAUGGUGCAUCAUCAUCAUCGCCAACGACCAGAGCCAAAGCAACUUUCGUUGAUCCAAGAUUACCCCCAGGGGGCGUGGCCAUCAAAACACCUAUAACAACUAGUGGAUCUCAGUACUAUAAAAUCGGACAGAAAAUUACAUUUGGCUGGAAUUACACGAGCUUGAUCGUUAGUCCGUCUGCAGUAAAUGUCGAAGCCUUUUGCUCUGGGAAUAGCCAGACAUAUACAAUUGCGCAAAAUCUAUCGAUCGCAAAACCAUCGGUAGUUUGGGAUACUGGCUCAUUUCAGCCACAAAACGGCCAACCACCUCUCGCAAUGGGAACAUAUACACUUUUGAUUUAUGACGAGAAGUCGGCAAUCACUGCCAUACCUGUCGCUGGGAAUUUAGCGCCGUUUAAUGGAUUAAGAUUUGGGAUGUAUACUCCUAAACCAUACACGCCUCUUGCCGACUUCGAAUGUCCGACUUGUGACACAUCCUCUGCCGUUACACUCGAUACCACUGCGAUCCGUAUGCUUGUGCUCUUUAGUACUCUUUUCUCAUUGUCAUUUGGAUUGUUCUUCACAUUUCUUCCUUGA